GUUAGCUGCUAACAAGCUAAGCUAACUAAGCUAGCCUGAAAAGCUCCGGAGUUUACUGAGACGAAUCGACCGAAAUAAGUAAGGAGGUGUAGUUUUUUUUAUCCGUUGGACGAAUACACAGAAACACAAACACACAAAAGAAGGAAUUGACGCAGUUGAAUGAUCAAACUGUUCUUUUCUGUGUUGCUACGCGAUCGGUCCGCGCAUGCGCACGACCGCCAUAAUCUUUGUUAUUGUUUUACGACAUUUACCUUUUUUUUGUUAUUGUUUUGCGACAUUUACGUUCGUUUACGCUCGCAGCAAAGCAGCGUUUUCAAGAAGCCUCAAGUUGUGCUCCACAGAACAGGUCUUCUUGAGGAGCCGUAGCGGACCUCCAGGAUGGAGCAGCAGGAGCCACAGUCCCCCCACCUUAAAGAGGAAAAGGAGGAGUUACAGACUCCCCACUUUAAAGUGGAAGAUGAUGAGCCACAGCCUCCCCACUUUAAAGAGGAAGAGGAAGAGUCACAGACUCCUCACAUUGAGGAUAUACAGUCCCUUCACGUAAAAGAGGAACAGGAGGAUCCGCAGCCCUCCUACGUCAAAGAGGAAGAGGAGGAACGGCGCAUCAAUCAAGAGGGAGAGCAUCUGGAAUGGCUGCAGGAGUUCCGAUUGACGGGUGUGAUGGUGAAGAGUGAAGAAGACGAGGUGGAAGGUGAAAGUGAGGAGAAGAGAGACGUGGAAGCUCCGAGCAGCAGCUCAACACAAGAAGAAGAAGAAGAAGAAGGAGGAGGAUCACAAGCAGACAAGGUCAUAGAUGGUGAGGACACAAGGUCACAGUCUGAUGGUGAGGACUGUACAAGUGACAACACACACUUCACCUGCUCGCACUGCCACAAAACCUUUAACCACCGCUGCAGUCUGAAACGACACAUGCGAAUACACACCGGAGAAAAACCCUUCAUCUGCUUAGUUUGCGGUAAAAGAUUCUCUCAGGGGGCGAACCUGAAAGUACACGCCAGGACGCACACCGGAGAAAAACCGCAUUCCUGUCCCAGCUGCCUUAAAAGCUUCUGCGACCCGUCGGCGCUGGUCGCGCACAUGAGGACGCACACCGGAGAGAAACCGUCCGUCUGCUCAGAGUGCGGCGAAAGUCUAGCCAAUAGUCAAUGUCUGAAGGUGCACGUGAGGAGGAAACACACCGGCGAAAGACCGUUUUCCUGUUCGAGCUGCGACAAGAGCUUUUGCGACCGCUCGGCACUGGUCGUGCACGCCAGGCGACACACGGGCGAGAAAGUGUUCAGCUGCAGCGUGUGUGAGGAGAGAUUCUCUUACAAGUACCAGUGUAAGAAACACACGUGUGCUGGUGGGAGCAGCAGCAGGAAAUGAAGCAAACGCACUUUCACAACUUUAACAUCAACAAAUAUAACAUGUCAUCGCAACACAAUCUUCUUAACAUGAUUCUCCCGUUUAUUCAUCCAUUUCUUUCAGUCACAAAAGGUGACGGUACACUAUACAAAUAUAUAUAUACAUAUAUGUAUGUAUGUAUAUAUAUAUAUAUAUGUAUAUACACAUACAUACAGUAUAUGUAUGUAUAUACACACCUACAUAUAUGUAGGUGUAUAUAUAUAUAUACAUAUACAUAUAUACACACAUACAGGCCCGGCCCUAAUCAAUCUGGCGCCCUAGGCAAGAUUUUAGGUGGCGCCCCCCCACAUCGGCAGUGAAGUGUAUAUACUCACAAGAACCCGAAUAGCUUUGUCUUUGACCUUUUUUUUUUUUACUUACAACUAUACCUAAUAUAUAAAGGGGUGGAAA